AAGCAACCAGUUUAUAAUACUAUAUAACGGUUGUGCUACAGACCUCGGGUACGAGGAAUAGUUUUAGGCAACUAAUUAAAAACGCAACAUACACUUGCUGACUGUUCCACCGCGUUGUCAGUUAAUGACUUCCGCAGAAACGUAACGCGUUUUGACAUGCCUUCAUCCUUCGGGUAACAACGGGACACGUUUUCAGUAGUGCUGGUAAACAAAGCACCAGGUUAUUGGUACAAUACGGGUGAUAUUGAACAGGCAAUGCCAUGAAGCGCAGGAGCCCAAGUUGGUGCACACAGAGGACCAUCUCUUUGAAAAGUCCUCUGGGACAGAUCCAAAUCAGCGGAUGUAAAAUCGGUGUGCACACUAUUCAGCUUCUAAUGGAUGUUGCACCUGCAGAAAGGAGUGACAACGCCUCUCUAAGCUCUGUGUUCAUUGUUAACGAUGGCCAAGAGGAAAUGAGCCCAGAGUUGCGGCACUGCGUGGAAUGGCUUCGGGCUUACUUCAGCAAGCCAUGGACCGUAGGGAGGCUCCCACUCCCGGCCUUCCACCACCCCGCCCUGCAUGGAGAUGCUUUCACCAGCCGGGUUUUGCAGACUCUUUUGCGGGAAGUGAAGGUGGGAGAGACAGUGUCGUACAAGGUUCUGGCUGAGAAGGCAGGAAAUCCAAAGGCUGUGAGAGCUGUGGGAGGGGCCAUGAGGAGGAACCCGCUUCCUCUCCUCAUUCCCUGUCACCGCGUCAUCCACGGCAGUGGUCAGACUGGGGCAUACAUGGGUGGCAGAGGUGAUCAUCUGAAACAAUGGCUUCUCAACCACGAGAAGGCAAAAGGGGAAGACUGAAGCACAAUGGAGUAGUAUGUAAACAAGAUGUGUUGUUAACAAUGGACCAUUGCUGAGGAAACCCGUAUAUAGCUGUGUGACAUGGACACAUGGGACAGCUUCACAAAGAAAUGUGUGUCAGCUCUGCCUUAUUUACUGCUCUGCAUCACCGAAGGGAGAGCUUUCAUCUUUUUGUUUUUCUAUUUGCUUCUGUUCAGCUUAUUAAUACUGUCCAGUCUGUGUUUUAAUUUAAUUUCUGGGAAUAGGAUUAAAAGCUUGGGGGUGUUGGUAGGGUAACUGUUGGACUCCAUCUACCCCCUGAGUGUGCCCUCAGAUUUAGGAUGGGGUAAUGUUCCUGCAUACCUUCCGUAGGUGCAUUUAAAUAUGUAAGUAUACGGCCGUGGCACAAGACAAGACAUAGAAACACCAGUACCCAUAUCCAUGAAAAGCAACGUUGUCUUUAUGCCAAUCCUACUCUCUUUUGUUACUCUGUCUUACUGUGUAAUUAAUGUGAUUUAGUCAGAAUGUGUUGUGAAAAUACCAGUGAACAGUUGGGGUUACAAACGUAGUAUGUUCCCAUGGGUUGCUAGUUAUUGUUGGAAUGUUUUUUUUUUCGAAAUAAUAGUUUCCCAAAAUGAUGUCUCUUGAGUCGUUUUCCUUCCUACAAGAAUGCAAGAAUUUUAAGUUUAAUGGAACAAUGGCUUCAGACAUGGUUUUUGUUGGUGGAGAAAUAAUGAUAAUAACAUUAUGAGGUAGGAGACAGAAAUUAAAACAAAUUAAAGUGACGUGAGACAACAUGUAUAUCUGUGGCAUAAACAUUUGAUCUGGAGAAUACCCUUACACAAAAAACAUUGCAACUGCAAUAAAAGUGCAGUAACUGCAGUUAACAGGAAUAUUUUGGACAUUUGUCAUGCUUCAAUGUCUUUGUUAAAAGAAUUGCUACAAAAUUGCUGCAAUUACUAUGCUAAAAGAAACAUGUUAAACUGAUCAUAUUAACAGUUUCAAUUAACUUCCCCGCUCUCUAAGUAUGUGAAUUGUCUUUCUCUUUUAAGUGCAAUAAACGUUGCAGUUUAACUUAGGCUAACUGAAGAGAUAGCUGUGAAACUGCAGUAAACCAAAGUGAUAGUGAAGGUUUUGAAACUGCAGUAAAAUACAGGAACGGCAGCAAACUGCAAUAUUUUGGCAGCAUUUAUUGCAGAAAACGCAGUCUGCUGCAGUUGCAAGGCAAAAUUAGAGCAGUACAAGUUCCAUUAAUUUAAACACUGUAGACUAUUUGCUACAAAAUACUGUUACACUGCAUUACGACUGCACUAAGGGCAGAGGUCGCUGUUAUGCCUGAAUUCAAUCCAAAAGCAAGUCUGCAGUAUUAGAGCAGUUGAAUUUAACCAAUGGCUACAUCCAUCAAGCCUUUAACCAUUCCAGACCCUCUCUUCAUUAUAUUCAACUCGCCACAAUUUAAUACAAGUGUUGAUUUUGUGGCUUUGUACACUAAAAUUGGCUAUUAAAAACUUUGGGGGUGAAAUGACAAACUAUAUAUUUGUUUUAAAUUUGAAAAACACAGAGAAAAUGAAGCUAAAACAGCACUGUUCUUUUUUCUGCUGGCCUGGUCAUUAUCACACCUGGGAUCUCUUACUCACGUGUCCAUGACAGUCAGUUGCCAGUUAGAUUAAAAUUAUAUUGCAUUAAAAGCUGCUGUUCUUGUUCGCUGUUGUCUUUAUUUGCCUAAUUCCCUUCUUUCCCUUCAAGCUUUGUCAUUAUUUUUGAUUAAAACAAACUACACUUCAAGUGUGUAGAAAAGGAAACGGGACUAGACAACCACAAAAUGGGAGUCUUAGGCUCUUCUCAAUUGCCCCCUAUCUACUGGUGGAGAUAUGAGAGGAUUUGAUGAGUGAAAGCAAUCUGGUAGUAGAUCCAACUUACCCUCUGACUGGCUGGUUGUAAGAAUCACCUUGUCACUUAUACCAAUCAAAUCCUCUGUUCUCAACAAGGUUAUUUGGGAGUGGUCCUUUUUCACAUACGCUCUCUCACUCACACACUCACGCACAAACUCACUUUAUAAGCCACCAUGUGGUAGUCUCCUUCAUCUCUGUUGUGGUUUUCUUAUGCUCAGCAUCACACGUGGGAAAAGCUGCAAAGUGCCAUGUUUCAUGUAAUUUAUCAUAUAAAUAUAAAUUCACAUGUUAGACAAUACACAAGUUAAUGUGUUUGUGUUCAUUUGGGUUCUUUUCCUGCUGUUUCAUGAAAUGUUUAUUUUGAUAUGCUGCAUACAAUUUACCUGGUUUUAUUCAUAGAUGUACUUUAUACAACUAAUAGUCACCUAGAUAUACAUUAUUUGUGGCAUCACUCAUGCUUACCUGUUAUUUGUGUGAUUAUUAUGUUUUGCUAUAUGUAACCAACAAACACAGACGUUCAAGUGUAGAAGGUAUUUAAUUCAUGGAGUGCCUUUAUUGCAACUGAGACAAAAAGCAUGUCAGUUGGGUCAAAUUAAGAAAAUACUGUACAAUGUCACUUUAUGAUAGUUUCAGUAUUUUAUUUUUUUCCUCAUUAAAAUAUAAGACAGAACAAAAUGUCAAUACUCUAUUUGGAAUUCUGUAAUAUGAAGUAUUCAGACCACAUCUCUCAUAAGAUUUUAAUAAAACUCCAGAAAUUGUGA